UGGAGGCCAGUGAAAGGGCACGGCAGACUUUUGACAAGACUUCAAUGAAGGAAAAGAAUGAAUCGUACGUCGGACAGCCAUUCAUCGCCGUCAACUCAUCAUCAUUGAAAGAGCCAGGCCAGGCAGCACCAGUGGGCGAAACUCAGCCGGUGGUCAAGCUUGAAUCAACAUAAGACUGCCACAUAUAUUGUGCAUAUCACUACGCUGUAAAAAUGGGGGACCAACCAAAAUUUAAGUUGUUGCCAAAAAUUAUGAAUGGUGGUAUUGCUGGUAUUGUUGGUGUGACUUGUGUAUUUCCGUUAGAUUUAGUGAAAACAAGACUUCAGAAUCAGCAAAUUGGACCAAAUGGAGAGCGCUUGUACAAUUCUAUGUUUGACUGCUUUAAGAAAACAUAUCGUGUCGAAGGUUACUUUGGGAUGUAUCGUGGGUCUGGCGUUAAUAUUUUGCUCAUUACCCCUGAAAAGGCUAUUAAACUUACGGCGAAUGACUUCUUCCGUCAUAAACUCACGACUAAAGAUGGGAAGCUCCCUAUUUUCCGAGAAAUGGCUGCUGGAGGCUUAGCUGGGCUUUGUCAAAUUGUGGUAACAACACCAAUGGAACUUUUAAAAAUUCAGCUGCAAGAUGCUGGUCGAGUAGCUGCUCAAGCAAUGGCUAGUGGACAAACUGCUAGUAUUCCAAAGAUUUCUGCAACGUCAAUUACACUUCAGCUUUUACGGGAAAAAGGAAUUCUUGGUUUAUACAAGGGGACAGCUGCCACCAUGUUGCGAGAUGUCUCGUUUUCAGUUGUCUAUUUCCCAUUAUUUGCUCAUCUAAACUCUCUUGGUCCACGCAAGAAUGACGGAUCAGCCACAGCUGCUUCUCCCGGUACUGAAUCCAAGGAUUCUUCCUCUGAAAGGGAAAAUGUUAAAGCUUCUAUCAAGAAACUUCAAGCUCAGUUACGAGCGUUAAACGAAGGUAAGAGUGGUGAUAGUGAUUUGUGCAGUGUCCCCCAGUUGCAGAAAACCUGGGAGUGGUACGAGACCAAAGAGCCCAUGGGAUUAGGCCACCCAUCAUCCGCUGACGCUGAUUUUGCCUCUUUGGUAGACGCAUCCAGGAGGAAGUCUUUGCUUUCUGCAAAGGCAACAUGGGGCAUGUGCGAAUUGGACUAUCUUCUAAAGGGCCUCUUCAAGACUUUAGAAGUCUUCAAUUUUAUGGACUGGGCCUUGGGAGCAUUAGCCAAGAGAGCCCAAGACACGGAUUUCGUCUCUAUGGAAGAGCUUUCAAGUGUUCUGGCUUGCCUGGAAUAG